AUGAGUGAAUUUCACGAAGACCGUCCAUUAUUAACCUCUUCUGAUAGUGAUAAUAUAUCUAUUGAUUCUGAGAAUGAUAUUAUUGAAGAUCAUCAUAUUGCCAAUAAUCCUCAUAUUUCACCAAUAAAUGACUUUGAUCAAGCCGAUUCUUGGGGGAUGUUGCACGAGGUUAACGAUUCUCCAAGCAAUAAGAUGUCAAUAGAUAAACAUGAUGUUUUAGUUGAUCAUAGACCAACUUUGAAUAAUAUGUUAUUAAAUAAAUCUAAUAGUGCAUCGGCAGGUAGACCAAGACCAAGAGCUAAUUCAAAUUCCAUCCCAUAUAGAAAAAAAGUUAGUAGUAAUAGCACAGAAAAGAGCUAUCAUGCAAAAGAUUUUUAUGAUAAAACUCGUUCGUCAAAUUUCUCAUCUUCUCAGUUAGAUCAAACCCAGUCAAAUAUGGAACAUAUGCAUAAGGUCAACGAAGAACGUAUAAGAAGAAGAAAAACGAUCGCAAAUGGAGACGUAGUUAUAGAUGUAGAUGCAUUAAUGAAAAGUGUUCAUAAAGAUAAUGAAAGCUUAAAGAAUGGUCUGGGAUUAUCAAGGCAUUCGACUUCACUUGCUCAUAGCAAUGCAACAUCUAAUGAGGAAGAAUUAAAUUCAAGACCUUCAUCAAGAAGAUCAUCAAAUGACUCUAGUUUGGAUGAUGUUUGUCUAUUUCUAGAUGACGUAAAUUCUUUGAGUCAAAAAGUAUGGCCUGAUGUAGAAGUUUUAGAAGAGUUCUCAAAGGAAGAAACUGAGAAGUUGAGAAGACAAGCAAUCGAAGAUGCCGAAGAAUUCCAUUUUAACUACGAUGAAGAGGAUGAAGGUGAUGAAGAUUCUGCCAGUGAAGGGAUAUUUUUUUCGAAACCAAUUGUUACAAGUAUUGAUGUACCGGAAUUGGGAAAUAGGAAAGUAAAUGAAGCUGAGGAUUUGAAAGAAGGAAGGCUAAGACCUAAGAGAAUUACUCCAUGGCAUUUAAGAAAAGCUGCAUUGCAAAACCAAACAAGAAAAUCAAGUCUGAGAGAUGAGGGCCCUUCCAAUGGUAGAAAUGAGGUGCGUGAUAACUUUUUAGUAGGUCGUAACAUUCAAUAUCCUCCACACAUUAUAUCAAGCAAUCCAGAACAUUUUAGAUUCACCUAUUUUCGUGUCGAUUUAGAGUCUACGGUGCACUCACCUACGAUUUCAGGUCUUCUACAAACUGGUCAAAAAUUCGAAGAUUUGUUCGUAAGCUCAGUUUAUUCCAAUGAGAACAAUAGGGCAGAUGGUAGUUCAUUAACGCCAAUUGGAAGCAAAUCGAUGCUAUCCACACAAAGUCAAAAUCAAUUACACAAUCAAGCAGGAAACAAUAAUAUCUCUCAGUCACAAAUGUACAAAACUAAUUCAAGAAUAUCAAACCCUAUUGCCGAAUAUGCCGAUGUUUCUCCAUUUUGGCUUGAUGUUUUAAACCCAACGGAAGAGGAGAUGAAAGUUUUAAGUAAGGCAUUUGGUAUCCAUCCAUUGACAACUGAAGAUAUUUUCUUGGGAGAAGCUCGUGAAAAAGUGGAAUUAUUCAAAGAUUAUUAUUUGGUUUGUUUUAGAAGUUUUGAUAUUGUCGCAGAGAGAACCACUCGUCGCAAAAAGGAAAAAUCCCAAGAGUUAUCAACUUCAACAAUAUUAGAGAAUGAAAAUUUAUACAAAACGUCUACCAGAGAGAAAUCUGGUAUACUAGAUAAAAUCAUACCAUCAUUUUUACGUAAGCGCCGCAGGUCUUCAGCGUAUAAAACAAUAGCUUCAAGCUCUGAUGCAUCAAGUUAUAGACGUCGUAAAAGUGAAAGAGAAAAGGAAGAAAAGGAAAGAUAUAAGAGAAAAUCUGGUGAUAGACAUAAACCUCGUGAAGGUGAAUUGGAGCCAUUGAAUGUUUAUAUUAUUGUUUUUAGAACCGGUGUUUUGACAUUUCACUUUGCACCUACACCUCAUCCAAUUAAUGUUCGUAGAAGAGCCAGAAUUUUAAAGGAUUAUCUUAACGUUACUUCGGACUGGCUUGCAUACGCUUUGAUUGAUGAUAUCACUGAUGCCUUUGCACCAAUGAUUGAAUUAAUAGAAGAUGAAGUAUACGAUAUUGAAGAUGCUAUAUUGAAAAUGCAUCAUAGUGAUGAUUCUAGCGACAGUGACUCCAGCGACAGUGAUUCUAGUGAUUCUGAGAAUGAUUUCAUCGAACCGCUAUUAGAUAGAAGAAAUAGAUAUGGAGAUUACGAAUCAAUUAUCAAUAACAAACAAAAUAGAUUGGCAUUAAUGAGAAGGAAGAGCACAUUUAGUAAGUAUAGUUCCAGUAGCAGUUCUAUUUCAAGUAGAUCGAAUUCCACAGGUUAUACAUCACUAAAUGCAAAUAUUAUAGGUUGGAAAAAGAAGGGUGAUAUGUUACGAAGAAUAGGUGAAUGUAGAAAAAGAGUUAUGAGUAUUUUGAGAUUACUAGGGUCAAAAGCAGAUGUUAUUAAAGGUUUCUCCAAAAGAUGCAACGAACAAUGGGAAGUUGCACCAAGAUCAGAAAUUGGAAUGUUUCUUGGUGAUAUCCAAGAUCAUAUUAUUACGAUGGUAUCAUCACUAAACCAUUACGAGAAAUUAUUGAGUAGAUCACAUUCUAAUUACUUGGCUCAAAUUAAUAUUGAUAUGACAAAAGUCAAUAAUGACAUGAAUGAUGUAUUAGGUAAAAUCACAAUCUUAGGUACCGUUGUUUUGCCUAUGAAUGUUAUAACGGGGUUAUGGGGCAUGAAUGUUUUAGUACCAGGUCAAGAAAAUGAAUCAUUAGUAUGGUUUAUUUCAAUUUUCUCAUUCAUGAUAGGACUAGCAUACUGUGCUUUUGUUUAUACAAGGAGAAGGUUCGGGUUUUAA